GUAGUUACUGCUAGUUACACACUAUCUUAUUCAGUGUUGGAGAACAUUCGAGCAUGGAGGGACUCUAUUAUGUUACUGGAUUUCUUCUCAUUCUCCUUAAAGGUGCCUUGGGAGAGACCUGCUCUUCAAAAUACAGCACUGAUAUAGAAUGCUACAAUGGCUGCUGUGGGUCCUAUUACACCGGCAAAUACUGUUGUAGUGGUUAUUCAAGUUCAUUUGAUUACACAUACGUAAACAUCCCCCUCAUCGUCGGAUUGUCAGUUGGUGGCUUAAUCUUCAUCGUCAUCGUCAUCGUCGCCAUCUGUGCUUGUGUGGCGUCAGCAAAUAGACCACGGCGCGUCAUUGCCGUUCAGCCAGUAGGCCCCAUGAUGGUGUCAACAACAGCCGCGUCUUCACAACAAGGUGGAUAUAGAGGCCAGAUACCACAACCCCUGGCUUAUGCUGCUUACCCCCCUCCAGGUCCCCCCUCUGUCGUGCACCCUCCUCCGGCUCCCCCCUCUGCCGUGUACCCCCCUCCGGCUCCCCCCUCUGCCGUGUACCCCCCUCCGGCUCACCCCUCUGUCGUGCACCCUCCUCCGGCUCCCCUCUCUGUCGUGCACCCUCCUCCGGCUCCCCCAAAAAACUGUGUGCCACCCUCUGCAACACAUCCCUGAACUCUUCCAAGAAUUGUUAGUCGUACCUACAUGUAAGGUACUGGCCAUUUGUUAUUGAAAUAAAUACUUUGUACCAGUCAAUAAUUUUGCCCUAGAUUUUACAGCAAAACAUUUGAUGCCAGUUAAGGUCAUGAGGCAAUGACAAAAAAUCCAAUCCCCAUUGCCAUCCCCACAUCCGCCUGGGGAUCAAACCCCCAGCGUUAUUCGGUCAUUAUGAUUACAAGAGAAAUGCUGUCGAACACAUGUCUGAAGUGAUCACACUUCUAAAAGAACGAGUUUUGUUGAAGAAAAUGAAACUCAAGACACGUGUAGCCUUUGCAAAUAGUGGUAGUAUGCAAAAAGAAUGAAAUGAUUUUUUUAGGGGGAAUCAUUAAAAAUUAAGAAACAGAUUAAAAUGGUUCAUGUAUGUUGACAAACAUUUGGUCAGAAAUUGUCCACAAUUUGAAAAUGCUAUGCACUAUUAGAUACAUGUAUAAUUUCUUUGCCAUUUUUUUACUAUUUUGUACCGUGAUAAACCCAUUUUGUGUUGUAUGGAAAAUGCUGUUUUGAUAUUUUGAUACAGUUGUAUGCAUCAAUAUUUUUUCUGACGUUAAAUCAAACACGCCAAUGUAAUUACCUAUGAUGAA